UCUUUCUCUCUCCCUCUUCCUCUUUCUUUCUCUCCUUCUUUCACAUCCUCUGUCCCCUUCCCUGCUCUCUUGCGAUCCCACCCAUGCCCUGACGCACCACGGGUACCAGGACCUCUACACCCAUCCGUCUCUCUCUCUCUCUCACCCCCCACCCCCGACCCCCCACCCUGGUCUGACGCUUGGCUGGAGGAGGAUGUGCUGAGCCAGGGAGAGGCUGAGGACUAGCACACAACACGCAGGGUGAAGGAGACAACUUGCACGCGGACAGCAGGCUUGAUGGAAUAACGUCUGCCUCCAAAAGGCUUGCCGGGACUUCGCCGUCGGGGUGAUUGGGUGGCGGGUGGCCUUGAGUUUGUGGCCCAUCUGCUCCAUCCCUCCACCCAGCAGAGCUCGGCCCGCAGCAGCGUCCAGCUCCAACGGUGCGUCGUCAUGGCGGGAGCCUCCGUCAAGGUGGCCGUGAGGGUGCGGCCUUUCAACUCCAGAGAGCUCGGGAAAGAGAGCAAAUGUAUCAUUCAGAUGUCGGGCAACACUACCACAAUCAUAAACCCCAAACAGCCAAAAGAGAACAAGAGCUUCAACUUCGACUAUUCUUACUGGUCUCACACAUCACCAGAAGAUGUUAACUAUGCCUGCCAGAAACAGGUGUAUAAAGACAUUGGAGAAGAGAUGCUCCUGCAUGCAUUUGAAGGCUAUAACGUCUGCAUCUUUGCCUAUGGCCAGACUGGAGCUGGAAAGUCAUAUACCAUGAUGGGCAAACAGGAGAAAGACCAACAAGGCAUAAUACCUCUGCUCUGUGAAGACCUGUUCACCAAGAUUAAUUACAAUAAUGACAACAACAUGUCGUAUUCGGUAGAGGUAAGCUACAUGGAGAUCUACUGUGAGCGUGUGCGGGACCUGCUGAACCCUAAGAACAAGGGGAACCUACGUGUGCGAGAGCAUCCGUUAAUGGGCCCCUAUGUGGAGGACCUGUCCAAGCUCGCCGUCACGUCUUACAAUGACAUCCAAGACCUGAUGGACUCCGGAAACAAAGCCAGAACUGUGGCAGCUACAAACAUGAAUGAGACCAGCAGUCGCUCUCAUGCUGUCUUCAACAUCAUCUUCACACAGAAGCGGCAUGACAGUGACACAGAAAACACCUCUGAGAAGGUCAGCAAAAUCAGCCUAGUGGACUUGGCAGGCAGCGAAAGAGCUGAUUCCACUGGAGCCAAAGGUACCAGACUGAAGGAAGGAGCUAAUAUUAAUAAGUCCCUGACGACACUGGGCAAAGUGAUUUCUGCUUUAGCUGAAAUGGACUCUCUACCAAACAAGAACAAAAAGAAGAAGAAAGCAGAGAGCUUUAUCCCCUACAGAGAUUCUGUUCUCACCUGGCUUCUUAGGGAGAAUCUUGGCGGAAACUCACGUACUGCCAUGGUAGCAGCUCUUAGUCCUGCUGAUAUUAACUAUGAUGAGACCCUCAGCACCCUUAGAUAUGCUGACCGUGCCAAGCAGAUCCGCUGCAACGCCGUCAUCAACGAGGACCCCAACAACCGGCUGGUGCGAGAGCUGAAGGAGGAGGUGGCUCGGCUGAAGGACCUCCUCUAUGCCCAGGGGCUGGGUGACAUCAUUGAGACGUAUCGCUCUCCUGGGCCUGGAGUACCUGCUCUGAAAUUGACCAAUGCCAUGACGGGUAUGAGUCCCUCUCCAUCUCUCUCCGCUCUGUCCAGUCGGGCUGGCUCUGUCAGCAACCUUAAUGACCGCAUCAUGUUCAGCCCUGGCAGUGAAGAAGCCAUCGAGAGACUGAAGGAAACUGAGAAGAUUAUAGCAGAGCUCAAUGAGACCUGGGAAGAGAAGCUCAGACGCACAGAGGCCAUCCGGAUGGAGAGGGAGGCUCUUCUGGCUGAAAUGGGAGUGGCAAUUAGAGAAGAUGGAGGCACGGUUGGAGUCUUUUCUCCAAAAAAAACACCUCAUUUGGUCAAUUUAAAUGAAGAUCCACUGAUGUCUGAAUGCUUACUGUACUACAUCAAAGAUGGAAUCACAAAGGUUGGUCGUGAGGAUGCCAGCUGUCGGCAGGACAUUGUCCUAAGUGGUCACUUCAUUAAAGAUGAGCACUGUAUCUUUACAAGUAGCACCAGUUCCUUGGGAGAGGGAGUGGUGGUCCUGGAGCCCUGCUCUGACGCAGAAACCUAUGUCAAUGGCAAGAAAGUCACGGAGCCCACAGUCCUCAGAUCAGGGAACCGUAUCAUCAUGGGGAAGAGCCAUGUGUUCCGCUUUAAUGACCCAGAGCAAGCGAGACAGGAGCGAGAGAGGACACCCUGUGCCGAGACACCCGUGGAGCCCGUGGACUGGGCUUUCGCCCAGAGAGAGCUCCUGGAGAAACAAGGCAUUGACAUGAAACAAGAGAUGGAAAAGAGAUUGCAGGAACUUGAGGACCAGUAUCGCAGGGAGAGGGAAGAGGCAAGCAAUCUUCUGGAGCAGCAGAGACUGGACUAUGAGAGUAAGCUGGAGGCUCUCCAAAAACAGGUUGACUCCAGGUAUUACCCAGAAACCACAGAAGAAGAAGAGGAACUGGAAGAAGAAGCUGUGCCAUGGACCAAGCGUGAGACUGAGCUGGCACUGUGGGCUUUCCGCAAAUGGCGCUUCUACCAGUUCACCUCCCUGCGGGACCUGCUCUGGGGCAAUGCCAUCUUUCUCAAAGAGGCUAACGCCAUUAGUGUGGAGCUCAAGAAGAAAGUUCAGUUCCAGUUUGUGUUGCUCACGGACACCCUCUAUUCUCCACUUCCUCCUGAUCUCCUGCCCCCCAGCAUAGCCAAGGACCGUGAGAAAAGACCCUUCCCACGUACCAUAGUAGCUGUGGAGGUGCAAGACCAGAAGAACGGGGCAACACACUACUGGACCUUAGAGAAAUUGAGACAGAGGCUGGAUCUGAUGAGGGAGAUGUACGACCGUGCGGCAGAGGUACCCAGCAGUGCCGUGGAGGAAUGCGACCAUGCACUAACCGGCGGUGACCCCUUCUAUGACCGCUUCCCCUGGUUCCGCCUCGUUGGCCGCACCCCCAUUCUCAACACAUGCAUGAGCGAGCGCAUGAGUGAUCCCACCCCCUCCCCCACUCACUCCGACCCUGACUCUGACAUAACCGAGCUCGCAGACGAGCGGCAUUAUGGGAAGUUGGAGGUGGAGGAGGAGGAUGAGUUGGAGGACCUGGACGAUGAGAUCUUUAUGGAGGACGCGGGCUCAGAACUGAGCAGAGUGCGGGAGGAGGGGCGCCAGUGCCUGAGCGCCAACGAAGGCCAGGACCCCUUUUACGACCGCUGGCCUCUGUUCUGUUUAGUAGGAAGGGCCUUUGUGUACCUGAGUAACCUGCUCUACCCUGUGCCACUGGUGCACCGGGUUGCCAUAGUGAGUGAGAAGGGUGAAGUGAAGGGAUUCCUCCGUGUGGCGGUGCAGGCCAUUUCAGCUGAUGAAGAAGCUCCGGACUAUGGUUCAGGUGUAAGACAGUCAGGAACUGCCAAGAUCUCUUUCGAAGACCAGCAGUUUGAGAAGUUUCAGACAGAGACAUGUUCUGGUGGAAUGUCCCAUUCCAACACCUCUCAGGAAGAGUUACGUAUUGUAGAGGGAGAGGGGCAAAACUCCGAUGUGGGUCUGUCUGCCGACGAGGUCAACAACAACACCUGCGCAACCACACCUGAUGUUCUUGAUAGCCCUGUGAAAGAGGGUGGUGAGUGCUCAGGUGACCUGGCGCAGGACAAAACACUCCAGCACCUGAGGAUCGGCAGCACCUUCACCUUCAGGGUCACUGUGCUCCAGGCCUCCAGUAUCUCGGCCGAGUACGCUGACAUCUUCUGCCAGUUCAACUUCAUCCACAGACAUGAUGAAGCUUUCUCAACAGAGCCCCUGAAGAACACAGGGAGAGGGCCUCCCCUUGGUUUCUACCACGUCCAGAAUAUCACCGUUGAGGUCACAAAGUGUUUCGUGGAGUACAUCAAAAGUCAGCCUAUUGUGUUUGAGGUGUUUGGGCACUACCAAAAACAGCCCUUUCCUCCUCUAUGCAAAGAUCUAAUCAGUCCUCUGCGCCCAUCCAGAAGGCAGUUUCCUCGGGUUAUGCCUUUAUCCAAGCCAGUGCCGGCCACCAAACUAAGUCCAAUGACUCGCUCCUCAGCUGGACCGUGUCACUGCAAAUAUGACCUAAUGGCCUUCUUCGAGAUAUGUGAGCUUGAGGCUAAUGGAGACUACAUCCCAGCAGUGGUGGACCACAGAGGAGGAAUGCCCUGUCAUGGGACAUUCCUGCUGCACCAAGGAAUCCAGAGAAGAAUCACAGUGACAAUAGCACAUGAAACCGGCAGUGACAUUGAAUGGAAGGAAGUGAAAGAGCUGGUUAUUGGGCGUAUCCGUAACACACCCGAGGCAGAUGAGACCAUCAUCGACCCCAACAUCUUGUCCCUCAAUGUCCUGUCUAUGGGCUACAUAAGGCCCUGUUAUGAUGACAGGACGUUUUACCGCUUUGAGGCAGCAUGGGAUAGCUCUAUGCACAACUCUCUGCUACUAAACCGGGUCACCCCUUAUGGAGAGAAAAUCUACAUCACCCUCUCAGCUUACCUGGAGAUGGAGAACUGCUCUCAGCCUACAGUUAUUACCAAGGACUUCUGCAUGGUGUUCUACUCACGAGAUGCAAAACUUCCUGCAUCCCGCUCCAUCCGCAACCUCUUCAGCACUGGAGCUCUCAGGCCCUCCGAGAGUAACCGUGUAACUGGAGUUUAUGAGCUAAGCCUGUGUCACCUGGCAGAUGCUGGAAGCCCAGGCAUGCAGAGAAGACGCCGGCGGGUGCUGGACACCUCGGUAGCGUACGUGCGUGGAGAGGAGAACCUGGCAGGCUGGAGGCCUCGCAGUGACAGCCUGAUUCUGGAUCACCAGUGGGAGCUGGAGAAGCUCAGUCUCCUGCAGGAGGUUGAGAAGACAAGACACUACCUACUGCUGAGAGAGAAGCUGGAGGCCUCUCUGCUGCUGGGACAGCAGGAAUCUCUGUGCAGUAAAGACUUGAUGGAGUCACCCAGGGCCCUCAGCCCAUGUUCCCACCCAGCAGCUGGCUUGGGCCUGGACAGCCCCAACGAGAGGCAGAGAGAGCUGGCUGCCAAGUGUCUUCGACUGCUCAUGCACACCUUCAACAGGCAGUACAGCCAGGUGAGCAGCAGUGCCAGUGAAAGCAAGCUGUCAGAGAUGUCUGCAUCACUGUUGAGAGACAAUUCCUCCUCUGCACUGAGCACACUCACUCCGUCCACUACUUGCCCAUCACUGGUGGAUAGUCACUAUAGCAACCCUGAUCUCAGGAGUAUGGAGGCUCACUCUGGUGCCUCCAGCCCUGAUCUAGACCCGUUUAGUCCUGAGGAGAGGAAGGUUCGCUCCUGCACCUUUGUCCCAAACAUCCAGGAGAUCCGUGUCAGCCCCAUUGUGUCAAAGAAAGGUUACCUGCACUUCCUGGAGCCCCACACCAGUGGCUGGGUGAAGCGUUACGUGGUGGUGCGCCGGCCCUACGUCUACAUGUACCGCAGUGAGAGGGACAGUGUGGAGAGGGCAGUCAUAAACCUGUCCUCCGCUCAGGUGGAGUACAGCGAGGACCAGCAGACCAUGCUGAGGAGUCCUAACACGUUUGCCGUUUGCACUGAGCACAGGGGCAUUCUCCUUCAGGCCAGCAAUGAUAAAGAGAUGCAUGACUGGCUAUAUGCUUUCAACCCACUGCUGGCUGGCACCAUCAGGUCAAAGCUCUCCAGGAAAAAGUCAGUACACAUGAGGAUGUGACCAAGAAUGAAAAUCUUUUGUUCCUCCUUGAUAACAUCCUGAGAUGACACCAGUGUAAAUAGAGAUUGUGCAGAGUGUCCCUUGCCUGCCACCCCCAUUACUGCGCCUGCCUCUGCACUCUCCUGGGCUCUCCCUCCCAACUACAGAAUGUGUGUGUGCGUAUGUGUGUGAGCACAUGUGUGUAUGCAAGGAUGGGUGGGUGGGUUUGCGUGUGUGUGUGUGUGUGUGCGUGUGUGUGUGUGAAACAACCCCUAUAGCAAAGUGAUAACUCUGCCAGUUCAUAAGUACUGUAACUCUCCAUAAUUCACAACCUCCCUACAAGUACUGCUUAGUAGUGAUUAUUAGGGGAAAGCAGCAUUGUACAAAAGUUCCCCCAUUUUGAAAUGUAAAGGGUUCAGCUGCUGUGUAAAUGUGUCGCAGUGCUCAGUUUGGUAUGUGUGCUUCCACAGGUUUAGAUGUCGAGCGCUUUUGUAGAGUCCUGUCGCUUUGAUCGCACCAUACCCAGGGCUAGUCGAUCCAAUCACUGAGGUGUUUUUUUUUUUUGUAUGUUUGGGGUUGAGCAGGACUGGUUACAGGAAAAGGCUGUAGAUAUUUUGAAAGAGGAUCUGUUAUUAUGAUAAUCAUAUCCAAAUGGAAUAUCUGAUCCUUUUAACAUAUUUAUUAACAGGAGGGUUAUUACUUGAAUGAAUGUCUGUAUUACUUUUUUUUUUUUUUAUUGGCAUUGUGUUUUUUUAUUUGUUAACUAAGACACAUACUUUACUAUAUACAUUAUUUGUUUAUUAAGAAAGAUGUUUUAGUCUUGCGCUUUUGAAGGUGAGCUUUGAUCAUUUAUCAAGCCUACUAUACUUUGCUUCUUCUUGAAAUUAAUUAAGUUAGUUUGCACAAACCUUUCGGCUGCUAAGGAAAACUUGACUCUGCUUAAUUUGAUAGUCUUAGUUUAUAACUGGAAUGAGAAAAACAUUACUAUAGUGUGCACAUUCAUAACAGUUCUUUCACUGACAAACUGAUGGUAUAUUACAACACUUGGAUGCAGGGGUAUUUAUGGGUUAUAUUACAUUCUUCAGAUAAAAUCAAUUCCAGAGAAUUUUCAAAAAUAUAUUUAUCACAUAAUUAUUACAGUCUUGCAUUUACCUAUAGAACAGUUCCUCUUUGAUGGCAGACAUGUUUACUGCUUUAAUUGCCCUUACUGACCCUGCAUGUAAUAUCUACCUUACUGAAGGGAGUGACUAAUGUGACUUCUUGUUCACUGGGUCUCUAUAAGCAGUAACCAGAUUUUGGGCAAACCCAGAUUCAGUGUUAUAGUUUGAAAAUGAGAAACCCAUCUGUUUCAAGCCCCUAAAUUCCUGUGACUUUAUUUGAAAGUUUUAUUCUUAACUUUAGAAUGUUCAACGACAAAGCAGUCAUAUACUUAAACCAAAUUGAUAAUGUGUUUAAUGUGUGAUGUGCAGACCUGUAUGAGACUCCAAGAUUCAUGUAAUUAUAUAAAAGGGUAUAUAAAAGUCAUCCCAGACACCUUUGCACUAAGAAUGUUGAUUCAAGCAUUCCCUGCUUGUGUGGUAAUGUAGCGGUGGUGAAUGAGCAGCCAGUCAUUCACCGUAGCAGUUCACUAGUGUUUGUGUGUGUGUGUGUGUGUGUGUGUGUGUGUGUGUGUGUGUGUGUGUGUGUGUGUGUGUGUGUGGGUGUGUGGGUGUGUGUGUGUGGGUGCAUGCAUGUUAUAAGGGUUAUGUGCCUGGGGCCAGCCAACCCACAGAGCACAAAUCUAAAAGCAGAGAGACAAGCAGGUUCUAAAGUGACAGAGACAUGGAUGCUGCUUUUUAUAUAACCCUCUUAAUGUUGCUAUCGACCCUCCUUGGUACAAAAACGCUUCAGCUGAAUCCGAAUUUGUUUUAAAAUGGUGCAUUUGGUGACAUGAGACUGGAGAACUGGCCUCAUUCUGGCGAUGCCUCUCAGUGCUUUGAUCGAGAUCCUUUCAGUUCAUUCCUUUCUGUCUCUUAGAUAAUGCUAUGUGUGUGACAGCAUGCUGUAUAUAUUUAUUCAACAGUUGAAUCUAAUGCAUCAAUGCUUAUUUACCUCCAUACAGUAUAUCAGUAGCAUUUGCAAACAAAUACUAGUUAGGACAGAUUAUACUGUAUUAUUUUGAUGAUCUGAGAAACCACCGUCUACAUAAACACUGUCAUGCACGCAAAUCCUUGCCUUGUCAGCCUGGUCUUGAAAGAACGGAUUCAUGAGUGCAGUAUGGACAAACUAUAUUGACAAAUGAUACUCAUAUUGUAGAUGAACAGGACAUUUGGAGGUUGUUGUUAAAUAAUCUUAUCAUUCAUUCUUUCAUUCUUUCAUUCAGAUAUUGCAGUAUGAAACAAUACUCCAGGGCACUUCAUCUAAACUAAGUGCAUCUACUGUAAUUGCAUCUACAUUUCUGCUGAUCAGCUGUGUAUAUAAACCAAACUGUGGACGGUCUGGCACACAGGUGUAACCUCUUUAUACCAUAAAUAGAUAGGCUGUAGUGGACUCGGUGCUGAAGUUCUUUGAGUGUUGGACUUGUGUCUUCUAAUGUCUGUGGACAUUUAACACUUUGUUGGGCGUGAAAUAAAUGUGCAACACUGUCACCCUG